UUGGGGGAUUUCAAUGCGCCUGAGAUCGAAUGGGGGAUGGAGUAUGCACCAGUGGGCAACUUUGGGGAUGAGCUACUAGAGGUGAUGCAUCCCGGUGACUCAAUCAGGACCGAAUUGGACUUCUGUCAAUUACAUCAGAUCAUAAAAGACAAUAUAGAACGUGCUCAGUACAUCCAUCCAACUCCGGCACAGAAAUACGCCUUGCCUAUUAUCGCAGCCAAGCGUGAUUUGAUGGCAUGCGCUCAAACCGGAUCUGGUAAAACGGCGGCCUUCCUGUUGCCGAUUCUAAACCGGUUGCUGAAAACAGGUCAUGAUGAUGAACAACCUCCACAGUCCGUCACUGGUGAGGCUUCACCGACUGCUUUAGUGCUUGCACCUACUCGGGAGUUAUCGUGCCAGAUCUACGACGAGGCACGUAAAUUUUCAUAUCGAUCAGAGGUGCGUCCGUGUGUUGUGUAUGGUGGUGCUUCCAUCAUGGCCCAAGUGCGUGAGCUAUCGCACGGUUGCAACAUUUUGGCUGCUACCCCAGGCCGAUUAGUUGAUAUGAUUAGUCGGGGUAAAGUCAGCUUGGAGCAUGUCAAGUAUCUUAUCCUUGAUGAGGCUGAUCGGAUGUUGGAUAUGGGGUUUGAACCUCAAAUAAGACGUAUUGUAGAACAGCAUCGAAUGCCCCCUGCUGGACAGCGACAAACCUUGAUGUUUUCGGCAACAUUUCCCAAAGAAAUUCAAGUUAGUUGUACAAACGAAAAUAUUGUGCAAGAAGUUCUAAACGUUUUAGACAAAGAUAAACCCGAUGUGUUGGUUCGCUUACUUCAAGAGAAAGCGGACCCAGAAGGUCUUGUUUUGGUGUUCGUGGAAACCAAACGAGGUGCAGACGCUCUGGCUCACUAUCUUAGUCAGUUGAACUUCCCCGUGGCUUCAAUCCAUGGUGAUAGACCACAGUCAGAUCGAGAACGGGCAUUAUCUUCAUUCCGUGAAGGACAUACACCGAUUUUGAUUGCUACUGCGGUUGCUGCCCGGGGACUGGAUAUACCGAAUGUGAAGCAUGUGAUCAAUUUUGAUCUACCUUCUGAUAUUGAGGAGUAUGUGCAUCGAAUCGGUCGCACUGAGCGAAUGGGUCAACCUGGAUCAGCCACUUCAUUUUUUUCCGAGCGCAAUCAGAACGUGGUUCGAGAUCUCGUGGAAUUAUUGCGUGAAUCGAAACAAUCUGUUCCACCUUGGCUCGAAGCUCGGCUGACUUAUUCCAGUGGG